AUGUAUACGCCGGAUCAGUUCAUGAAUCCUGGGCCGGCACCCCGCCCCCCUACGGAGCGCCCUCCCAAGUUGACUCUUCCCACUAAUAACAACGUGGCUACCUCGUUCAAUCAGAUGAGCUUGAAUUCACCGACUACCCCGGGGUCCGCCAACCUUUCUCUGUUCCCCAACACCAGCAGUCCGUCCCUGACUCGGAGCCAGACCGCGGGGCAGGGCGGUUUCGCUAUCAUUAAGGAGGGAUACGUUCGCUGCAAGGAAGACAAGUUCCUGGCCACAUGGAACCAACGAUACUUGAUCCUGCGCGAAUACAAACUUGAGUUCCUGAAAAAUGAAACGGGCAAAGUGGUGAUCUCUUUCCCGCUCUCCUCUGUCACGGCGGUGGCCCGCUCCGAGGAAUCCAAAAUGGCCUUUGAGAUCACACGGUUGGCCAACCCCAAGGACGCAUCAUCCAAAACCGCUAUGAUUACCCGCGACGUCCCCACUAAGACUAUCACCUGUGAGGUUAAGACUGACGACGAGAUCUAUGAAUGGAUCGACAAGAUCUAUGAGCGUUGCCCAGGCAUGGGCGGAGUGAGCAAUCCGACGAACUUCAGCCACCGCGUCCAUGUUGGCUUCGACCCGCAAUCGGGCGCCUUUGUGGGCUUGCCUCCAGAAUGGGAGAAGCUUUUGACGGCCUCCGCCAUCACCAAAGAAGACUACAAGAAGAACCCUCAGGCGGUCAUUGAGGUACUUGAGUUUUACUCCGAUAUCAAGAUGCGCGAACAGAACCCGCAAUACUACGGUGGGAUGAACGCUCCAGCCGGCGGUCAAGCCAAGUCACUCGGGAACAGCACGGUCGGCAGCUCCAUCGCGCCUCCGCGACCUCCCCCGCCGGGCCCCAUGCAGCGACUCGACAGCAACCAGUCGAAGCAAUCGACGGAAGGCUCCAUGCGCUCGGGAACAUCCUCACCGGGACAGUCACAGGGCAAACCAGAGUCGGACCGUGCGAUGGAACAGCAACAGCAAUUGGAGCGGAUGAAGGAAUUAGCCGAUCAGGAACGACGUCGCGUGGAAGAAGAAUCGCGUCGAAAGGAAGAGCAAAACCGGGCCGAGCAGGAUGCGUACAAUGCCUCUUUGCCGCAGACGCGCGUUCCGCUAGCCAAGCAGGAACUUGGUGGCUAUAGUGGAGAGGAGUCUUCGAUGAAUAGUCGCUACAAACCCAGCCGCCCGGCUCCGCAGGCUCCGGGCCCUGGGGCUCGGAACCAGUCUAAUGAACCUCGGCAGCUGACGGCACAGCGUCCAGCGCCGCCGCCGCCGACCUCAUCGCAGAGCCCCUAUGGACAAGGCCCGCCCCGCACCCCUGGCGGGCUGCGGAACGAGGACCAAGGUUCCCCCAACUCGCGCUACCUCCCCAAUGACCCUCGGGCUCAGGGCUUGGCGAAUCGUCCCCAGAACAAUGGCAACAAGGGCCAGCAGGCACAAGGACCUCCUCCAACUCGCCUGCCUGCUCCUGUGCAGGCAGUCAAGCCGCUGAACAUUGCCAACAAGCAGACGGGCAACAAGCAGGGCGUGCCCGAUGGUGUCCGCCAGGCGGAAGCGGCGCUGACCAAGAAGCCGGAGCCGCGGCAGAAGGAGGUGCGCAUGUCAAACAUGACUGAAAACGAGGUCAUGGACCGACUGCGGUCAGUGGUGUCCAAGGACAACCCCAACGAUUCUUACAGCAAGCAGCGCAAGAUCGGCCAGGGUGCUUCUGGAUCGGUGUACGUGGCGCGGGUCAAGGAGCACGCGACCUCGUCUGUGGCACGAGAGCUGUACCGACAGUAUGGCCCGCGCUGCCAGGUGGCUAUCAAGCAGAUGGAUCUGCGCAGCCAGCCGCGGAAGGAGUUGAUUGUCAACGAGAUCAUUGUUAUGAAGGACAGCCAGCACGCCAAUAUUGUCAACUUCCUCGACUCGUUCUUGCAAGAGCAGAGCAACGAGCUUUGGGUCGUCAUGGAGUUUAUGGAGGGUGGUGCGCUCACCGACGUGAUUGACAACAAUCAAGUCAUCCAAGAAAACCAGAUCGCGACGAUCUGCUCCGAGACUUGUAAGGGACUUGCCCACCUGCACAGUCAGAACAUCAUCCACCGUGACAUCAAGAGUGACAAUGUCCUGCUCGACCGCGUUGGCCAUGUCAAAAUCACCGACUUUGGCUUCUGUGCUAAGCUUACUGAAUCCAAGAGUAAGCGUGCCACAAUGGUGGGAACACCUUACUGGAUGGCCCCCGAGGUGGUGAAGCAGAAGGAGUACGGCCCCAAGGUGGACUGCUGGUCACUGGGUAUUAUGGCCAUCGAGAUGAUCGAGUCCGAGCCGCCGUACCUGAACGAAGAACCACUCAAGGCACUGUAUCUGAUCGCCACCAACGGGACUCCGCGUCUGAAGAAGCCCGAGAAGCUGAGCAAGGAACUCAAGGCGUUCCUGAGCGUGUGUCUCUGCGUGGAUGUCCGGAGCCGGGCGACAGCAGACGAACUCCUGGCGCACGAAUUUAUGCAAACGGGCUGCAGCUUGGCCAGCCUGGCGGAACUGCUGCGAUGGAAGAAGCCCAGCGGCCAGUAA